UGGCUGCUGCUGCUGCUGAUGUACCACUGCACGAGGCUGGAGUAAAAAGCUAGUUUGGGGCAUGACGGGAGCGAGGUUGGGACGUGCAGUCCUUGCGUCUGGCGCGAGGGAUUCUGCCGUUGCCUCCCUACCACGCCGAGCAGCAGGACUGGUGGCGAGUAAGGGAUGCAAUGGAAUGCUCAGCAGAGCUCCUGCGGCUGCGAAUCAGUCGCUACGUACCAACGCUGCUAGGAGCGUAGCUGGUGGCCUAACUGGAGACAGCAUCUUGCGACCCGAGGGAAGCUUGGGCGGCAGCUACAACGGCGGUUCUCCCAAGUUGUUCGGAGGCGUUCGUUGUACCCCCGCUCGGCAGUUUCAUUCCACUCGACCUGCCGAGAAGAGAGACUUCUACGACGUGCUGGGGGUCGCGAAAGGGGCGGACAAGUCGGAGGUAAAAAAGAAGUACUUCCAGCUGGCUAAGAAAUAUCACCCCGAUCAGAACAAGGACAACCCCGACGCCAAGGCCAAGUUCCAGGAGGUCACCGAGGCCUACGAAGUGCUAAGUGACUCGGACAAGCGGAGUCGAUAUGACCAGUUCGGGCACGCGGGGGUCGAUCCCAACAACGCCGGAGCCGGUGGGCCUGGGGGAGGCGGUGACCCGUUCGCAGGCUUCGGGGGUUUCCGAGGAGGCCCCUUUCAGCAAGGGGGAUUCCAGUCCAACGUAGAUAUCGACCCCCAAGACCUCUUCGAGCAGCUGUUCGGGGCGCAGAUGGGCGGGAGGCAGAGGAGACCACGGGGACCGAGGCCUGGCCAGGACCUGCAGCUGCGGAUGAAACUGUCCUUCUUGGAAGCAGCGUUUGGGACAAAUCGAUCCCUGGACGUGACCUAUCACGUCGUGGAAGGUGGCAAGAGAAGACGCAAGACCAGGAGCGUGAAGGUCGAGGUUCCCGGGGGAGUGGAGAGCGGCAUCGCUAUCCACGUCCGAGGGGAGGGGGCUGAAGGAGAGAAGGGCGCCCCGAACGGCGACCUCUACGUGCAGCUCGAGGUGGCACCCGACCCGUACUUCGAGAGAUCCGGAGCGGACUUGCACGUGACGGCCGAUGUUAGCAUCGCUCAGGCGGCCCUUGGUGGCAAGGUUGACAUCAUGACGAUCGAUGGAAUGGUGGAAGUGACGAUCCCGAAGGGGGCCCAGCCGGAUGCGGUACUGAUGCUGAGGGGGAGAGGUCUGCCGCGGUUGACGGGCUCCGGCGCCAGUGCCGGGCGAGGCAACCAGCUCGUGCAUCUCAGGAUCCUGAUUCCAACCAAGCUCAACGAUCGGCAGCGCAAGCUGAUGGAGGACCUCCGAGAAGAGGACGACAGGUUAGCCGGGAGAGGGAGCUCCAAGACCAAGGCUUCCUCCGAGGGGACAGACUCCACAACCUCUGCCGGUAGCAGCACUAGCGGCGGCGCCGGCGGUGCAGCCUCCUCCGACGAGGACGCUCGAAGCGGCAUCAGCGGGUUCAUGCGGGACGCGUACGACAGAGUGAAGUCGCACCUGGCCGGGAAGGAGGCGAAGGAGAAGAAGAAGCAAAACGCGUCUUCGUCUAAGUAG